CUUCGAUUAGUACGGAAGCGUACGUCGACGUCGCCGCCAUACUGGAUGUGGCUGAGUGUGGAAGAUGAACUGCCUUAUUUGUGUAGCACCCGUUUUCCACCCCAAGCAUAAUUUCACGAGUAUAACUUUACAGUGUGCUGCUGCUGCUGCGGCGGUGAAGUGUGUGUUAAUAGAGCCUGUCGUCACUGGGAUGCGGCUGCCUGCUCGUCGAGAGCCUAAGCAAGAGCAAAGAUGACUGCAGCGCCCCAACCACGUUUCCUGGUCCUGUUUGACUUUGACGAGACGCUCGUGAACGAGAAUAGCGACGACGCGGUGUUGCAGGCUCUGCCGGGCCAGCAGCUCCCCGAUUGGUUGAAGAACAGCUACCGCGAGGGCCACUACAACGAGUACAUGCGGCAGAUUCUGGCCUACAUGGCCGAGCAGGGCGUGACGCCCCACGCCAUCCGCUCAGCCCUGGAGAGCAUCCCGCCCACACCCGGCGCCCUCGCACUGUUGCACUUCCUCCAGAGCCACCAGCACGACUUUGAGCUGGCGGUAGUCUCGGACGCCAACAUGUACUUCAUCGAAACGUGGCUGAAGCACGCGGGGGUGCGCCACCUCUUCCAGAGGAUCUUCACCAACCCGGCCAGCUUCGACGACGCUGAGCGUCUGGUGCUGCUCCCCUUCCACACCCACUCGUGCCCCCGUUGCCCUGACAACAUGUGCAAGCAAGUCAUUCUGAGGGAGUAUCUGGCAUUGAGGCAGAAAGAGCGCGGCACGCCUUUCCAGCAAGUGUUUUACGUCGGUGACGGCGCCAACGACGUGUGCCCCUCGCUGGCCUUGGGUCCCCGAGACGCUGUCUUCCCUAGGAGGGACUUUGCCCUGCACAGCCUGCUGAAGGCCGAGGGCACCAAGUUUAAGGCUAACCUGAUUCCCUGGAGCAGCGGCCAGGACGUCAUGGACUGUCUAAAGAAAAUCGUGGAAGAGAGAUGAUAAUUGAUGAGACGAAAACAGCAGUAACAAAGACUGGAGGCUCCACGUCGGCUGCUGGUCGUCCAUCUAUCUGCAUAUCUCGAAAGACUGGAGGCUCCACGUCGGCUGCUGGUCGGCCAUCUAUCUGCAUAUCUCGAAAGAGUAAAUAAUCGCAAUCUGCUUAUUGCCGAGUGGUGAAGUUGUCGGCCAGAGUGACGAGUGGUCAGUCAGAUGGACGGGUGGUUGGCCAGUGGGAUGAGUGUUACUCCAUGCCUGGACCCAAGACAAAAAGAGAUAGGUUGCUGAGGCAGUAACAAGGAAAUUGAAGUGCUGCUGGUCUGUGGCUUUGUUCUGGUCCUCAGCUUCUGCUGCGAGCAGCAGCUGGCUCUUCAGGCAGCAUGGGACCAGGUGAACGAGCGCAGAGUAGUUGUGGCAGGCUUUGCAGACCAGGAUUUGUCACCUCUGCCUGGAAAGAAAAAGGAACAUUGACACACCAAUUCCAUUUGAGUUUACUGGUUUUAUUAAUUAAUUGUAGACCGGAAGCAGAGUUGCUAAAAUGUUCAUACUCUCCAGGGUGGACUCCUGCACACAAGACAAACAAGGGACCCAUUAAGCUGCCAUUUUGUACAUUUUGUGUGUCAACUCUGAAAAUGGAAUGGCUUUUACCUUUGGCCAGUAGGUGGCAGAUUUUCCAACUGCAUCCUUACUGGAAACUGCUCUGCAGGAAGAGGGAGGCAUAAAAAGCAGGUAACUGCUUUUAAACAAUGCCAAGUUAGUAAUAAGUUAUCACCUGUCAGCACGUUGAUGAUUGCACAGGUUCAAAACCUUGUAGCUCCACGCUGCAGAAACUAGGUCCUUUGGCCACACCUGGUGGACAAAAUGAGGAAGAACAUGCUGAAAUGUUUGACAUGUGUCAAACAUUUGGACGCGUGCGAGUUUCACCACUGACGAAUGGAGGGCAGCGCCGGACGUCUCUCCAACCACAGCUCGCUGGUCUGAAAGACACGUCAAGCUGCUUCCUCUGCUCCAGAUGCAGGCCUGUGGACAGAAAUGAGAAGACCAUUAAAAGCAUUCGAUUGAAUGAGUCGACUUUAAAACUCACAGAAAGUCAGUCGGCCAUGACGGGCUCGUUUUAAGGGUUUGCACCUGCAGACGGAAAGUAGAAAAUUAACACGAAUGCAUCGAAAUACUUGUUUCAGUAAUUCUCUGGUGGAGUCAUGCAAACGCUGCUAGGUCUACUUACCUUCGGCCAAACGGCGCUGUCGUCCAGACGUUGCUAAAUGUUUGUGAAAAACUUGUGUUAGUCAUCUUUCCACACGGUGCGUGCCUCAGUUUUCAAAAUGUGCAUGUACUUACCCACCGUUAAAAGCUUUAGUUAUAUCGUUGCACCAAAAUGCACGCCAAAGAAAUGCGUUUUGGUGGUCGUUGAAGACGCUAACUGCUAACGCUAGCUUCUGCAAACUUUUUAGCUUGCAAGUUGGGAACACUCCCAAAGUGCAACUUGACGCUGAAAGAGAGAAAAAGCAGUUAGUUUCAAAAGAUGAACACAUAUUGAACCUUCACCUUGUCAGUUGUGGAACGGAGUGCGGCUGGCUCAGCAGGUGGACCAGAGCAGCGUGGCGCUCGCUGUCAGAGAGGGAAAGACUGACCGUCGCGUUCAUGACGCCUUUUAUACUCUUUUUGUGAUGACGUCAUCAAAAGAAGAAAAAAAAAAGUUAAAAAAAAAAACCCCUUCAAACGCUGGCGCUCAACAGAAAAGCGAGCGAGAAACAGCAAAGUGAAGUGUCUUGGAGGGAUCGGGUCUCGAACCAGCGUUGCAAUCUUCGGAGGCAAAGGCGUCAACCACUCGACCAUUGCCUGUGAGUUUGACUGUAGAGAUUUGCUUGUAAUAUCACAAAUAAUAAAGGUAUCUUCAGGAAAA